UAGACACUUUUCUGAUGAAAAACAGAAAGGUGAAUGUCUAUUGUAAAGAACUGUGUCUCUUCCAAAUCUGUGGAAACAUUGAUUUUUCGCGCAAAUAGAUUGUAAAAAUAUUUUGACGAAAACUUUAAAUAUAAUAGCUCUGUUUGUAGAGCCAGUAAAGUGUAGUAAAAAUUCUGAAGUGUUAGUUUUACAAAAAGAUCAGAGUUUCGUGUUUGUCGUAUAAAAGUUUUCACGCCCACACAAGAAAAUAAUGAUUGGGAAAUUUCUUUUUCUCGUUGCAUAUCAACUAUGCACGGCAGAUGCAUUAAACUUGGGUCGUGUGUAUGUAUCGGAAUUGUUUUCCACGAAAAUCGAGCCUCAAAUGUUUAAUUGGACAUUCGGUCGGCCUGAACAAUUUCAAUAUCGUCCGUCGCUAAAAGGCUAUCCAGAUUUGCCAUCUUGGAUGAGAUAUACGUAUAGUAGUGAAUAUUAUGCGGGCUAUCUGUACGGAACACCACCAUUGAGUUACGCAGGACGAGAGGUGCAAAUUGAAAUUGUUGGUUUGAAUAAAUUGAACUAUGAGACAAAAUGUAUUACCACUCAACUGUUUGUCGACAACAAGCAUCAGAGUCCAGUGAACACUGUGCAAAUGAAAAUCGACAACUUAAAUUGGGUCCAACUAAUGGAUCCCGGAAGGGUGGAGAAUUUGAAAAACAUUUUCAGAAACGAUUUGUGGCCUGAAAGCAAAAAGGAUCUUCACAUUGUAUUCAUGGAAUCAGCCAUUAAAAUGGGUGGUAGAAUUCCUCUUCGUCCGCAGCAAAAAGAAGGUGUUAUCAUCCAUCUGGGCAGUACAUCGCCAUUUUCGGCUCGACUAAUCGAUCUUCAAGAAGAGGUCAAACCACUGUACAAAAUCACAACAUGUUCGUUCAAGCGAACAUCAGUUCAGACAAUCAUCGAAAAUGCUGGCUUUAAAAUGGACUGGUGUGCUUUUCGAAUUGUCGGCAAUAGUAAGGACUUGAGCAAGGCUCAUGGCUCGGAAAAGAGUACAUCAUUGAAGCAGGAUCGAUGGGAACCGAUGGCGAAAAGUGAAGUACCAGAACGUAACUACAUUGACGAAUUAGCGUUUGUCAUUGCUAUUCCCGGACUGAUAUUGACACUUCUGGUCGCACUACUAUCUGCCGUUUUAUGCUUCUAUCAUGAUAAAAUACACGAUGAACACUCAGAAACAUUUUUCCGAUACAUAUUUCAGAAUUGUACAGACAAUUUAAGUGAUGAGUCAAUCAAAGGAAAUAAUGCAACGGUUCAGAUGGUUCAAUAUUCACCAGAGACCAACCAACCGAUCACUACUUUGAAAAGUCUUAAGGAACCAAUUGAUGAUGACCACAGCAGUCUACAAUCUCAAAGCCCAAACAACAGCUACCGUGUCGACGGUAGUCCUCGAACGAAUUCUACACUUCGACCCAGACCACCACCAUACAAACCAAACAGUACUUACAAAAACGGACUUACCAUCUGACAAUCAACCCCACGGGUCUUAUUUUGUUGAAUCGCUGUUCUGUGUGAGUUGUUCCUUUUGGGUUAACGCACACAUAUUAUGCAUAGUCACAUUCACAAAACAUUCGAAUGGUUCAUCAAUAAAAAAAAUCAAUUCUAAUAAUGGGAUGGUUCUCCGAAACCGAAACAAGCCGUAGCGUAGUCUUCUGGUAAAGCGUAGUCACAUUGAAUCUAAAACUUAGCGAAUAAAAUGUCUUUCGAAAGGCGACAAAAACUUUA